AUGAUUGCGAUCAUGGGAGGUCUCUUGCGUCUUACUAACGUUCACUAGUCGCGGCUCGAAGGCGACGCGAUCAUCGUGUCUAUCAAGCCGGAACUGCUAAACAGAAUGCUUCAGCUCAACGGCUUUAAUUUUGCUGGCAAAAUUUUGGAAAUUGAAAAAUAUGAUGAAGCUGGGAUAGACCAGGCGAUGCUACCUGUGAACGGUAGCACGCCCACGGCCGCCGACACGAAGGCUAAGAUGACUGCUUUCCUCGCCAAGCGGUUUAACCGAGAAAACAAGCUCCUUGAUCUCUCGGAUCUACACAACGAUCCGGAUCUCAUCGCCAUGGGGAUUUUCCAAAGCACUUCAACUGAAUCCAAAUUCUUUCCUGCGCUGAUGAAGGUUUGGGAGCUGAAUCUUAGCCUGGUGUUCGACAGCCCCGCCGCGCGUCGCCGGGCGGUCGAGAGUGUCAGUCUGAGGGCCAACAAGCUUGAGAAUCUUAAGAUGGUCACCACCUUGGCGCAAGCUUUCCCAGACUUGAAAAACCUCGACCUUUCGCACAACGACUUCAAGGACGCACAGUCCUUGCUGGCAUGGCGCCAUAAGUUCGAAAAUCUCGAGCUCCUGGACCUCUCCAACACCCCUUUCAGUGCCGACCCUACGUUCAAGGACACCAUGCUCAAGUGGUAUCUCAAACUCCGAGUCCUCAAUGGUAUCGAAGUUCGGACCGCAGAAGAAUUGGCCGCACUGAAGAAAUCCCCGAUUCCUGUCCAGGCACCGUAUUUCCGGGACGAGGGCUGCAUUGCCGAGAACUUCAUUAGAGCUUUCUUCUCGGGCUACGACAAUGACCGGAACGGUUUGCUUGAUAGCGUAUACGACAACGAAUCCACAUUCACUCUUAACAUCAACACCGCCGCUCCCAGAGCCCAGCAAGCUGAUGUUGCAGCCUGGGACGCGUACAUCAAGAAUAGCAGGAACCUGCUUAGAAUCACGCACUUGACCGCAAGAAUGUCUCGAUCGCAUAACGGUGCGGACAAAAUCCGCAAGCUAUGGAACAGCCUUCCUGCCACAAGACACCCGGAUAUCGCGGCGCAUCCUCAGGAUUGGCUGAUUGAGUGUUAUCCCAUCCCAGGACUGGUUGAUCCGACCGGCCAGAGUCCCACUGGUGUUGGCGGCCUCUUGAUCACAGUUCACGGUAAAUACGACGAAAUCGGCAAGAGCUCCAAGAUUGACACGCGGAGCUUCGACAGAACGUUCGUAUUAGGCCCUGGCGGCGGCGCGGGUGGAGUGAGAGUCAUCAACGACAUCCUAUGUUGUCGCGCGUAUGGCGGUAACGAAGCAUGGGCUCCAGAAACCGAGGAAGCCGCUCAACCGGCGGCUCAACAGGCAACCCCCCAGCAGUCUAUCGAUCAGGCAGCUGUUCCUCAGCAGGUGGUGGGACCACCAGCCACCCCGGAAGGGUAUGGCAUGCCUGCCCCCGGAAAGAGUGAGACUCAAGUGCAGCAAGAGCAACUCGUAAUUCAAGUCAUGAGCCAGACUGGAAUGACCUUGCAGUAUUCCGAGUUGGCUAUCAGCGGAAAUGGCUGGGACUUGGACAAAGCUUUGCAGGACUUUGCCAAGCUCAAGGAACAGGGAACGUUGCCCCCUGAAGCCUUCCUAGCCGGAACAGUCUAAACACUCGGCACCGCCGCUCGUCAACGACAGAACGGCGGGUUCAAAUCACACUUUGCUAGAUCCCAAUGGUGUUUGCUUGGAGUUACAAUUUUGUCUUACUUUGACCUGGUCUGUUUU